AAAUUCUGGUUUGGUGACUUCAGGGGCAGGGCAUUAUAAGACAAAAACCUAACUUGUUCGAGGAGGAAGGGAAUGAGAAGAACGACAGAGAGACUAAACAAAUAGUGAAUUAAACCUCGUAAUCUUAGUUUGGGCUACAAUAAGGUGGCAGCUUUUUGCUGCAUAGCUACAAGUAGGCUGAAAACAAGCUUUACGAGAAUAAUACCUCGCACUCUAAGACUAGCAAGGAACUUUUCUUCGGAGAGCUGGAGCUUCUGAGCUGCUAUUUAGCCCCCAUGGAAUGUGCAGCUUAGGUCACUGAGAAUCAGGUAUUUUAGAUUAAGUAGGUCUAAUUGCAAGGUUCGUGAAAUUCAUUACACUUUUAGUACUCUCGAAGUGUUGUUUUCAGCGCACACAAAGAAGACAGCUUUUUCUGCAGUAAAUAGCAUUACAGGGAGUUUCUGGGCACUCGUUGCUGGGUUAACCUUGAUAAAACAAGAAGAUGUGGGUUGUAUGCUGCCAAACCCUUUGCACUUCUCACUAAGUGGCAAUGAACCAGCUGACAAUUGGUGUCUGAGGUCCUGAAUCUUAAAAAGAGGUCUGAGCACAAUUUGGAUGGUUUUGACAGAAUGACAGCUGAAGACUCCAGUACCAUGAUGAGUACAGAUUCUUGCAACAUGUCUUCAACUAAAGCCCAUGAAGGUGUUGCUGGUGCCCCUAAUGAAGCUACCUUGCUUGCACUUUUGGAACGUACAGGCUACACAAUGGUUCAAGAAAAUGGCCAACGUAAAUAUGGUGGCCCUCCCCCUGGUUGGGAGGGACAUCCUCCACCCCGUGGGUGUGAGGUCUUUAUUGGCAAAAUUCCUCGUGAUGUUUAUGAAGAUGAGCUUGUCCCUGUUUUUGAGUCAGUGGGACGAAUGUAUGAGAUGCGCCUGAUGAUGGACUUUGAUGGUAAAAACCGAGGUUAUGCCUUUGUCAUGUUUACAGCCAAGCAUGAAGCCAAACGAGCUGUCAGAGAGCUUAAUAACUACGAGAUUCGCCCUGGGAGGUUGCUGGGUGUCUGCAGCAGUGUGGACAACUGCAGACUUUUCAUUGGGGGCAUUCCAAAAAUGAAAAAAAGAGAGGAGAUUUUAGAAGAGAUUUCUAAAGUAACAGAAGGUGUGUUAGAUGUGAUUGUCUAUGCCAGUGCAGCUGACAAGAUGAAGAACCGAGGAUUUGCUUUUGUCGAGUAUGAAAGUCACCGAGCAGCUGCCAUGGCACGAAGAAAACUGAUGCCUGGGAGAAUCCAGCUGUGGGGUCACCAAAUUGCAGUUGACUGGGCUGAACCAGAGAUAGAUGUUGACGAAGAUGUGAUGGAAACUGUUAAAAUCCUUUACGUGAGGAAUCUGAUGAUUGAAACCAUGGAGGAUACGAUUAAAAAGGUCUUUAGUCAGUUUAAUCCUGGCUGUGUGGAGCGAGUGAAGAAAAUUCGCGAUUAUGCUUUUGUUCACUUCACCACCAGGGAAGAUGCAGUCCAUGCCAUGGAGAAAUUAAAUGGAAUUGACCUUGAAGGUUCCUACAUUGAGGUAACCCUUGCCAAGCCUGUGGACAAAGAGCAAUAUAGUCGUUACCAGAAAGCAGCAAAAGGGGGACCAACAGAAACACCUCAAGCAAACAUUGUUUACUCGUGUGAUCCCUACACACUAGCCUAUUAUGGGUAUCCUUACAACACACUAAUUGGUCCGAACAGAGAAUAUUUUGCCAAAGCAGGCACUGUUCGCGGCCGAGGUAGAGGGGCAGCUGGCAACAGAGCAGCAGGACCUCGAGGAUCGUACCUGGGUGGAUAUUCUGCAGGCAGAGGUAUUUACAGCAGAUAUCAUGAAGGGAAGGCCAAGCAACAGGACAAAGCGUAUGAACUGAUACCCAGCUUAGAUCUGGCUACAGUCAGUCCAGUCGCUAUGAAACCUGGUGCAGUAGCCAUCCCUCCCAUUGGAACCCAAUAUCAAGUGUUUCAGGCAGCUCCAGGCACUAAACUAAUGGAAGAUAGCAAAAUGCAUCCAAUGGAGCAUGUUCUUAAUCCUAUCGCUGUGCAAACUGAUCCAAAUGGAGCAACUAUCAUACCAUCAGUUUCCACGCCCCCACCAUUUCAGACUCGGCCAAUAACUCCAGUAUAUGCAAUGGCCUCCAAUAUCCAACGAAUUCCCGCGGCUGGAUUCUACGGAGCGAGUUACGUUCCGAUUGCAGCUCCUGCUUCUGCUGCCACCGUGGCAACACUGCAGAAGAACGCAGCCACUGCUGCUGCUGUGGCUGCCUAUGGAGGAUACGCCGGCUACGUACCACAGGCAUUUCCUACAGCAACUUUUCAAGUUCCUCUACAUGAUUUCUACCAAACUUAUUAGGAUAUUCUAACAAAGACUUUAUCAUAGUGAAGGAAUACACUGGUAUUUAUGAAGAAAACAAAACAUAGUUUGACAUGGAUUUUUUUUUAGGACUUCAGCAAUCUUCACACCAAAAGCUAUGUGAAAGAGAGGCAAAUGUUUUAGAAAAUUCUGUUUGUUAGUAUAUUUUGAAAUGCAUGUUUUAAGGGUUAAUAACCUAUGGUAGAAACAGUUCCAUGCAUUUUGGUUAUGGAAACACUUUUUAAAAAGCCUUACUUUUAACAGAUGCUUUAAAAAUCUCCCGUCCGUAAGGUUUGAACAUUUUGAAUGUGAACAUCUACAAAGCAGAAAAAUGUGUAGAUUUUGAGAUGUUAAUACUAUGAAGGGUUCAUGUGACUUAUUCACUCCAGUUAUCUAGCCUAUUGGUGCCUUCAAGAAAGAAAAUCAGCCUUAACGGGAUUACAGUACAUGUAAAUAAUACUAGUCAACAUUUAACCCUUUUACUGAAUAACCAAACUUAGGCCUGUAGUUUGUUAACUGGUUACCAAGAAUUGUGUAUGAUGCUGGAAAGACCUACUCAUACAAAUUGUUCCUCUGCGGGGAUAGUCCAGAACUAUAAUGUUAAAGAAUUGUACUGUCGGCUAUGAGACUGGAAUUUGACUUUUAGCUUAUUAAUUUUCACAAUUUGGCUACUUAGAGGCUGAAUUUCAUCAGCUUCAGACUGGUUGAUGGUGGUGUUGACUUUGAUGGAAUUGUUUUAAUUAUCCCAGGUUGGUGCCACAAGACUAUGGAAGAAACUGUACGUGGAUUUAUCUCUUGGGUUUUGAUAUUGAUAAAGUUGAAAGAGGAAGGGAAAGCAAGGGAAAGAAAUCACCACAGCAGCAUUAUACAGUCCCUUGAGGGUAAAUUAUUAUCACUUUUUAAAAAAAAGGGGACUGAAAUAAAAGGACAUUAAGUAUGACAUUAAGUAGAAGAUAAACCUUCAGUGGUGCCUUCAACGGGUAGACUAAGUUUCACUUUCCUUUGCAAUGCUCUUUAUUUUCUCUGUUCUGCUUUACGUUCAGCCAUAUGCUGGAUUUUUGAACAAGGACCAAAGCAGGCCUUGUUGGCAUGAAGUGCUAUAUUAAUAACUUUUAUCAUGUUAAAGAGAAUUCCUAGCUGAUUUGAGGUGGUAAUGUAGUUGGGUAGUAGUGAUGUUAUAUUUUGGUUCUGUGUAACAAAUUAGAUAGUGUGUAUAUAUAUUAUGUUUUAAUAUAAAUUUAUGAGCUCAUGGCUUUUAUGGUGCAGCAGCAUACAUGUGGUUUACCACAGAAUUUUAUCAAUUUCUUUAAAUGCUGUUGAAGAAAUGGAAGAAAUCUUAUAUUAUAGUAGGAAGUAAUAAUGUUGCUGCAGUGUUUCAAUGGCCUGUUUAAAGGCUUUCGAGAAAAAGUCAAUUUUAAAUAGUGUCGUGAUACUCAGUAAAACCUGCAUAAUGUGACCCCAUUGCUUUGGGCUGACCAAAAGAAACUGCUGAAGACAGCCUGAUAUCCAGUUGAGCUACAUUCAAAGUUUAAACCUGGGGAAAAUUAUUGUUGAAACUGCUGCGGAUUAAUAUGGGGUUUUAGGUAACAGCUCUGGCCAUUUUACUUUUAACACUUGCUACUGUCUAUAGAAUAGAAAGUCCCACAUUGUACUGCUUGCAUGUAAAUGAUAAAAUACCACAAACACUAAUGAAAACUGGUUAAGGCACCAUUUUGUAGAUGAACUAAAAUCGAUCAAUCUUUAACGUUUUGCAUUUUGUCACCUUCUCAUUUGCCAGGAUACUCCAUUUACAGUAUCAUGAUAUUAGAAAGGCAGCUGCUCCAUAUGUCAGUAUUGCCUUUAUUACUCAGCUCUGAUGACCCAGAGAGCUAAUGAAACAAACUAAUUUGCUCCUUCAUUAAAACCUAAUGAGGCACAUUCAAUUUUUAUGCACAUUCUAGACAUCCAGACAGCAAUUGUUUUUUGCUUUUUGCAAGUCUCACCUUUUUGUUUGUUGUUCUCAGAAUCUCACCAGAAUAUCCAGUUAUCACUGAUUUUAAACUGAUUGUACAAUCUAUCACAACAUUGAGCAGGACUCCAGACCCGAACAAGGUCAGGAAUGAGACAUUUAGGGCCGAAAGAUUUCUGCACUGGCCAAAUGUCGAUUUCCCAGUGCAAAUGUGCCCUUUCCUGGGUUCGGGGCAUGGUAACUCCCAGAAGAUGGGAAACCAAUUCUGCUUAAUAAAGUGUUAUGGGUGGGUAAUGGAGACCAGCUGGAAAGUUGCAGUUCCUGGAUUGAUGGGGACAGUUCCAGCUGCCUGGUAGUGGGGCCUAGUAACAGACCACCGUGUAAUCCCUCCAAACAGAUCCAUAGGCCCUUUCUAACUGCCUGGGUAAGGAUGCAAACAAAGAUCACUCUGCAGAAAGAUUCCAUCUCCACUCUAAUGGCCGGGAUGCUUUACACAAAAUGUUUAAAAGAAUUGUUACCACAAGGUCACCCAUAUUGAAGCAUCCGCUCAGUUAUUUGCUGUUAAUUACAGGCACUGCUCCUCUGAAACUGAGACCCUCUCGUCUUCCGGAUUCAAGAGCCUGCCCACUGCCCUUAAUUGGACAGGAAAUGUGUUUCCAUGCCAAUUAAGAGGGCAUUCCAGUCAAAAUCCCAGACUACGGUUGAUUCCCUUGGGAGCAGGAUGGGGCUCCAGAUUUCUGUCCCAAAAGCAAAAAUUCAGCCUAAUUUCCUCCACCUGAUUUUUUUUUUUGACAAAGGGUGUACAAUUCACUAGAAAUGACCAAAUACAGGAGUUCUGGUUGCCUGAAACCUGCUUCCCAGUUCCAAUACUCCAGUAGGUACCAGGAAGCACCAAGCAAAGAAUGAGGAAUGGACCUUAUUUCCAGUUACACUAAUAGGAGGACAGUAAGCUCACUUCAAAAUGCUAAGAAACUGUAGCUAUUAAAAUUAAACUUGGAUUGUAAGAUCAAGUCAUAACUUGUUUUACAUAGGCAGGAAACAGCAACACUCCCACACUGAAGAAAGCACUCCUGUUAUUUCAUUCAAUAAUGCUUUUGAAUACCUGCAGAUACCAUUGAGCAAAUUGUUCCCUUUAGUGGAUUUGUGUGCCUAAAAUUCAGAAAAAUAAAACUUUACAACCUUCAGGCAUUACUCAGUAUCGGUUUUUAAAAAUAAUUUUAUUGGCCAACGUUGCCUUCUGUUCCCAGACUUUCCAUAUUGGAUUUAAUUUCCAACCUUCAGGAAAAUUCCCUGCAUUUUACUUAGCACACUUUUUUUUAAAAAAAUGAUUUAUUUGGUUUCCAACAAAAUGGAUACUGCUGCUAGAAAAUGCUAAAGUAACCCUUUCUUGAAUUAAAGCAACUUAGUUCCUUUAUACUACUAAUGAGGUAUAUAUAUAAAUAUACCUUUUAUUAACAUACGAAGUAUCCAGGGUAACACCACUAGUUAAGAGCAAGAAAGAGUUUUCCAAAAGUAUAUAUUUUAGAUAUUUUAUUAUCUUAUGAAGAGAGUGGGGAAUGGUGAGAUUUUGAGAUUCCUUUUAUUCCAAAAUACCUUUAUUUGGCUACUGAGUCUGGCUUCUCUGUAUAGUCUUUUGUAGCCCAGUUAAGUAAAAAAAAAAGAAUGUAGAUGUAUUUAAAUAAAAUAUUAUUUAACUCGCAAGACACAUUCUAGUCCAGUUAGAAGUGGGGGAGUUCUUUGAAAAAAAAUCGAAGGGUUUCGCGUCACUUUGUGUCAGAUAGUGCAAAGGUCUAAUGUAUUUUUAUUUGCUUCUCUUUGUAUGAAGAAGGACUUAAUGAUGCUGUAACAAGGCCAAAAUAUUGAUUGAUUGUCUGCUAUUGAUAGGGGCCUGUAAAGCAUGUCAGUUAAGAUCCAAACUUGUGCUAAUCUAUUUUGGCCAUUUUAUUCGGACAGCAUUGUUUUAACUCAAUGUUGGUCUGGGGCAUGUUAAAGAACAAGACUUUUUAAACUAGUGUGCCUUAUUAACAAACAAAUGCAUUACCAUCAGGUGUUUGAAUUCCUCAGCCAAAUAUUUUCUAUUUUCCUUGUGUUUUAAAAGCUUGAGUUUAUUCUUUUGUUGCUUUUAUAUUCUAAAGCAGUAGUCAAUAAAGCAUUAUGA